CGGCCCGGCCCCGCCAUGCCGCACAGCUUCAAGCCCGGAGACCUGGUCUUCGCCAAGAAAGGGUACCCGCACUGGCCGAUUGAUGACAUAGCAGACGGCGCUGUGAAACCCCCGCCCAACAAGUACCCCAUCUUCUUCUUUGGACACACGAGACCCUUCUUGGGACCUAAGGACCUGUUCCCUUACGACAAGUACAAGGACAAAUACGGGAAGCCAAACAAGCGAAAAGGCUUCAAUGAGGGAUUGUGGGAAAUCCAGAACAACCCCCAUGCCAGUUACAGUGCUCCUCCGCCAGCGAGCUCCUCCGACAGCGAAGUUCCUGAGAAUGACCCGGUGGCAGGGAGUGAUGGAGGAGAGGAGGAAGACGAAUCGGCUGCCAUGGCAGUUGCUACUGUCGCUGCAGCAGCCAUGGAGAAGCUCGACAGCGAUGAGGAGUCCGACAAGGGGAGCGACCAUAGUGGGCUGAAACGAAAAGCGCUAGCUAUGAAAAUGCCAGUGGCUAAACGACCCCGGAAAUCCUCCAGCGACCUCGACCAGGGCAGUGCGUCUCCCUCGGAAGAGGAGAACUCAGAAAGUUCUUCUGAGUCAGAGAAAAAUAGUGACCAGGACUUUACUCCAGAGAAGAAGCCAGUGACCAGAGCUCCCAGGAGGGUGUCUGCAGGUGGAAGGAAGAAAAAGAAGGUGGAUUCGGGGUCCGACUCGGACUCCAAGGUGGAUUCGGAGGAGGAAAACGAGACAGUGGACAUGACUAAGUCGGACUCUGAUUCAGACUCCGACUCGGACGUGUCUGUGAAGAAGGUUCCACGGGGCAGGAAGCCAGCUGAGAAGCCGCCCCCAAAGCCUCGCGGCAGGAAACCAAAGCCUGAGAGAGCUCCGACCAGCUCCAGCAGCGACAGUGACAGUGACAGCGACGUAGAUCGCAUCAGCGAAUGGAAGAGGCGUGACGAGGAGCGCCGCCGGGAGCUGGAGGAGAAGAGGAAGAGGGAGCAGGAGGAAGAGAUCCGCCGGCUACGGGAGCAGGAGAAAGAGGAGAAGGAAAAGAAGAAGGAGAAGGCGGAGAAGGGGGAGGAGGCGCACUCAGAUAGUGACAGCAGCAUGGAUGACGAGGUGGCCAAGAAGGGCAGGAAGAUCCGAGGCAAGGACCAGUUGUCAUCGGACUCUGACUUGGAGCUGGAGAAAGAGGUAAAGAAGCCGCUGAAGAAGCAGCAGCCCUCAGAGUUGUCAAGGAAACCGAAUCUAAAGGAGAAAAGGGGCCGAUCGGAGGAGAAACCUCGCAACAAACCCUUAAGAGUGGAGCGAGGCCGGAGAAAGUCUGACGUGAUCCCAGAGAGGAGGAUGGAGAAGAAGAAGGAGCCUACAAUCGAAGAGAAGCUUCAGAAACUUCACAGCGAGAUCAAGUUUGCCCUGAAAGUUGAUAAUCCGGAUAUCAAGAGGUGCCUGAAUGCGCUGGAAGAGCUGGGAACCCUGCAGGUCACCUCUCACAUCCUCCAGAAACACACUGAUGUGGUGGCUACGCUGAAAAAGAUCCGUCGCUACAAAGCUAACAAGGACGUGAUGGAGAAGGCUGCCGAGGUUUACACCCGCCUGAAGUCACGCGUCCUGGGGCCGAAGAUCGAGGUGAACCAGAAAGCCAACAAAACUGGGAUGGAGAAAGACAAGGGAGAUGCAGAGAAGGGCCAGGAGAAGCUGUCGGGAGGGGAGGCCCAGAACGAGAAAGAAGAGGAGGAGACCAAUGCUGAUCUGUCAGCCCCCGUAAACGGUGAAUCCAUGUCCCAGAAAGGGGAGAGCGUGGAGGAUAAGGAGCGAGACAAAGCCCAGGGAUCUGGCGACGGAGAGCGAGAGGCAUCCCCAGAAGACACACAUGACGCGCAAGACUAUCCCGAGAUCAAAAGGCCCAGUACCGACAGAGAGAGGGUCCGCCUGGAGUCAGAAUCCGAGGAGGAGGAGGACAGCUGAGGCCAUGGCUCCUGCACGGAGGAGAAACACUCGCAGGGUCUCUGCACUGAAGGCAGUGAAGGAGACCGGCUCUGCCUUGCCCCCAUGUUUCAGAGUUACUUCACUAAGUCGCACUGUAGCUGAUGCCUAGGUCUUGUUCCCCCGCCCCUCCUGCUCCUGUGAAAGGAAAGAACUUCUGGGGAGGCUGUGCCGUAUGUUUGUAUUUGUCUCCUUGGUUUUUUGUUGGGUUCCCCCCCCCCCUAAAUUCUUGUGAU